UAGCUUUCCCGUCGCGAUUGUUCGCUUAACGGAGUAGCUUAUUUUUUGCGCGUCGGCUAUUUUAGUGGAUUUAAUCUGUGUGUAAACAAACUCUUCACGUGUUUUUUGCAGUUUGAGUGAUUCUUUUUUUUAUACAGGUAAAUGACUUUGAACAGCUGUUCCCCAUCAGUUUUCCAUCUUCAAUGGUUUGACUAACUCCUCAACGGACAGAAGUCGUUUUAAAACUUACUUUCUGAGUGUGUUUCCAGUUUCCAACAUGGAUAAAUACGACGAUUUGGGACUUGAGGCGAGUAAAUUCAUCGAGGACUUGAAUAUGUAUGAAGCAUCGAAGGACGGCUUAUUUCGCGUGAAGAGAGAUGCAGGAAACAACCCGGAUUUUGAAGAAACCAGGAAAGUUUUUGCCUCAAAAAUGAGCAGAAUACACAUGCAAAAGCAGCAAGAGGAGAUAUCAAGAAAUGAAAGCUUGCCAGCAGCAAGGAUCAAUGGAAGUCAUCCGAAAGUGUCAGAUAACACAUUAUACACCAAAGACAGGCCACCCAUCAAUAGUUAUAGACAAGCUGGUGAAGCAGCAGCGAAACCACCCAUCAUCUCCGGACCAAUGGUUGGCACUGCCAAUGUGACUCCAUACAUAUCCUAUGAAGGACAAAAACAUCAUUCAGCCGGCUUACAUGAUGGAUCCAGUAUCAGGGGUUAUGACAGUAAGGAGACUGGAAAUGCUGUUUACCCGAUACCAGUGCCAUCCCGGGCAUCGCCAUCAACCAGUCCUCCUGGCACAUGGGCAUCAAAAAGCGGUCACCCGUCUCAGAUGCCAUUAUCUCCUUUCUCCAACACUUCUAGCUCUCAUGAAGCUGGUCCGAAUCAUUCUCCAGUGUCCCAAGGCUUUCCUCAAACCUUUGCUACAUCAGGGAAAUCACCCACAGGAACAUACAGGGAUUCAUAUCAUCAAGCUAGCGCUAGUCAACCCAUAACUCCCCAGUGGUCAUCCAGUGGACCAACAUGCCUAAACGGGGCAGGUCAUAACAUUACCCAAGUGACC